AGGAGGUGUACACCAACGUCACGCAGAAGUGCUGGGAGCUCUUUGUUGACCUGAUGAGGAAUGUGACGGCAUCGGAGCUGUGCGAGUGGAAAGUCAUCAGCAGGUACGGGAUGGCCAGAGAGACCUCCCGGGCAGUGCUGUGGAGGUGCAGGGGCCUCUGGCUCUGGGGACGUGUCCAGCUGGGGAAGCCCAACGCGCUGGCCGAGCAGUACAUCUUCCAGAGCCACCACCGCUACUUCCACAACUGCACCCUGGAGCACCGGGUCUACUUCGACCCGCCCGAGGAUGUGCUGCUGGCCAUGAUCAUCGCCCCCAUCUGCCUCAUCCCCUUCCUGGUCACCCUGGUCAUCUGGCGCAGCAAGGACGGCAAGGCCCAGCCCUAG